AUGACGUUGCAUGCCUCGGCCAGCCAGGACCCCCAGUAUCCCUGCUGCCUGCAUUCGGCCUCGAGACGUCUCCCGUCUUUCCCGCUCACUAAUAAUCCCUUGAGCUUCCUCGACAUUCUUCCAGCACAGCCUCCCCGGCGGAACCUGCACCCGAUUGGCGUUCAGCUCUUCUGUCUCCAGCCCUCUCACUUCACUGUUCCCUCCUGUGUCCUACUGCGCCUCCUUGAUCCUCGAAUUGGCUCGAUUGCCUGCACACACUAUGGGCCAUGUCGGCCUCCGUUACCAAUUCGGACGGGGAUCGUCGUCACGGUGAACGUCAUCAUCGAUCCGACUCUGCUGGACCAUCAACGCCCUUCCCAACCCGCCAGACGCCACGAUCCGCUCCUCACGCUCCUAUCGACACCGACACGGACCCUGUCUCUGCCGCUACCGAAGAGCAAGGUACCGAAUAUCUACCCUCCUCGCUUCCUGCCUCGUCCUCCACCCCCAGACCGAUACCCAUCAGACCGACUCGACCCCUCUCCAGAGAUGCCGCCGGUUCCCAAGAUGUCACCCCAGUCAAAGCAUCGCCCUCCGUCGCCGCGGCGAACAUUGACCCCUUGUCACGCCAGAUACUUUUGCGAUCCAACACUGAGCACGCCUCGUCCCCUCGUCUUCGAUAUCCCGGCCGCCCCGAGAGCCCCACCCCCGACUCCCGUUCGCAGCUCGUCUCCGAAACCUCGACGAAGAAUGUCGGUCUUGCCCCGACAGACCCUUCCCGGGAUAAGAAGAAAGGGGUAUCGUUCUUGAGUCGCCUAAGCAUGCGCGGUCGAAAAAAGGAGGAUGAGCUGGGUGACGACCUUGCUGAACUAGGGGGCUCGAGGCCGGACGGUACCGACGCCCGCGUUUUCUCUUCCGCCGUAGGCGCCGGCGGCUUCAUCCCUCACCACAAAGAACCCCCGCGCUACAUAAGGACGCACGCCCAUCAUAAGAGGGUGCGCGAGUUUAAUCGGAUGUUCCUCGCUCAGGAGCUGCUCGUGCCACGCCCGCCGCCGGAGAUAUUGAACGACAAAGGGAAAGCACGCGUCGACGACGCUCCGUCAGGCAGGAGUCCACCCUAUAGCGACGGUUCGAUCUGGGCCGCCGAAUUCAGCAACGACGGCAGGUAUUUAGCCGCCGCCGGCAAGGAUCGCAUAGUGCGGGUUUGGGCCAUCCUCUCGACGCCCGAGGAACGGCGUCACCACGAAGAGGAAGAGGCGGCCGCCAGCGGCGCUUCCGAUGAACGGCUGAGCGCACCCGUGUUCCACAGUCAGCCCAUCCGCGAGUGGGAUGUCCAUACCGGCGAGGUUCUCGCCCUUAGCUGGAGCAAGAACAAUUUCCUGCUUUCCUCGUCUAUGGAUAAGACGGUCCGCCUUUGGCACGUCACCCAGCAGGACUGUCUUAGCACUUUUACGCACAGUGACUACGUCACCUCCAUCGCCUUCCACCCGGCCGACGACCGUUUCUUCCUCGCCGGCUGCAUCGACGCUGUACUGCGCCUGUGGAGCAUUCCGGACAAGAACGUCGCUUACUCAGCCCAGCUUCCCCAUAUCAUUACCGCCGUCGGCUUCUCCCCGGACGGCAAGACGUCCAUCGGCGGGGUGCUCAACGGCACGUGUCUCUUCUACGACACGAACGGACUUGUGCUUCAGACCCAGAUGGUUGUUCGCUCCUCCCGCGGGAAGAAUGCCAAGGGCAGCAAGAUCACCGGCAUCAAGACCGCCAUCAUCCCUCCGGAUGGCCCCGAAGCGGAUGUCAAGGUCCUCAUCACCUCCAACGACUCCCGCAUCCGCAUGUAUAACCUGUCCAGGAAAGGCAUCGAGACGAAAAUGAAAGGCCACGAGAACACUAGUAGCCAGAUCCACGCCAAAUUCAGCGAUGACGCUCGUUACAUUGUCUGCGGCAGCGAGGACAAGAAGGUCUUCAUCUGGUCCGUGGACACGCCCGACCUGGAGAAGAUCCCGUGCGAAUUCUUCAAUGCUCAUUCCAACUCGGUCACGGCGGCCGCCUUCGCGCCGACCAAGUCGCGGGAGCUUUUGAGCGCCUCCGGGGACCCGAUUUAUGACCUGUGCAACCCUCCACCCGUGAAACUCAUGAGUCUCGAGGAAGCCCUGGCCCAGGCAGCAGCGAAGAGCCAAACGGCGCUAUCUGAAAGCUCGCAGCAGCGCCCGGAGCAGAGCAUGCAGAACAAGAAGGAAUCCGGAGAACCUCUGCCCUCUAACUACCUAGAAAAGUGCAAGCAUCCCAACGGCAACAUCCUGGUAACAGCUGACAGGUCAGGCUCGAUCAAGGUAUUCCGGCAGGACUGUGCUCAUGCCAAGCGCCGGCACGAAAACUGGGAAACCGGCUCGAGCUUCUCUAGGAAGAUCAUCAGCAUAGGCAGCGGUACGAUCGGGCGGAGCGGUAGCAUUAUCACCCGCACCAGCGCCAGCAGCCACCCACACUCCCGACGAACUUCUCUCUCCCAGUUUCAGAUGGGUGCACCCCCACCGGGUGCCACCAUAGGCGGGACCCCGCAGAUGAGCUCCGACCGGAUCAACUCGUGGCGCCACGGCAUAGGAGCCGAAAGCAACCGCAACAGCCUGAUCAGCGGCGCCGGCGGUUCGGUGCAUCGAGAGCGGUCCCCAUCCCCAACCAAGCCGCCGUCCCAAGCUCCCCAAACUCCGCAUACCGCGCAUCUGUCAGCUACCCUGGCUGCGAAUGCACCCAGCGCGCGCAGCGCGCCGAGUGCGGCGUCGGAAGCGCGAAAGAUGCCUUAUGCGGGCUCACCUCGGUCGCGGUCGAUUGACCCGCCGCAGUCGAGCCCUGCAUCGAAGGCAGUGAACAGCCCUCGCAUGGCGCAGGGGCGUCGUGUAGACGAUGGGCAACGCGCGGAUGAUGGGCCACGUGCGGAAGAUGGGCCCGCCCAACUACCCACACCAAGCUUCUCGCUGCAGCCAGCGGAGGAGGCCGGGGCAGAGGACUCGGGCCAGGGGGGCCAGUCUUUCUGGAACAUCACACGGUGGCGAAGUUUAGGUCCUUUCGGUGCAACUCUUACUCCCACGAAGACCACGUUUGCGGCUAAUAAGCGAAGGAGCGUGGCUCAAGGGAGUUUACGCGCGGCGACUGCAGCGGAGAGCGAGGUGUCUGGGGUCUCGCCCCGGGGCCGGAGUCCGCGGGUAAGCGGAGACGAAGGGGGAGACGACAGCUUGCGACCGGACGACGAGGGCAUGGAGCGGGGCCGGCUUGACUCGGUCGUCAGCCGGCUGACGAUGGACUGCACGAGCGACGAAGGGGAGGGACCCGCGUGUUCCAAAUGCGGGGGCAAGGGGUUUAAGAGAAAACAAAUAGCCGGGCGGGAGCGGCUGGUCUGCGAGAAAUGCGGCACGGUGAGAGACGAGGCAUAGGAGGUGAGGUGAUCGAAGGCGGCAGCGAAAGACGAGACCAUGUUCGGACAUUUUGCUACGGGGCGUUUGAACGGCAUCAUUGGGAGGACGUUUGUCGUUUCUUCUGUGUAAUUAAUAUACCUCACGCAUGGCGAAGCGAGUAUUGAACUUGGGAAGGAGUUUGGGCGGACCGGUCGCCUGGAUUGCAAAAGAAAAAAAAAGAAAAAUAGCGAAUACAUGUUGAAGCGAUGUUUUCUUACAGCAAUACCCAU